UCGGAUCAAAUUCUAGAGAAAGAGAGGAGAAUCUGAUUUUUAUUCACCAUUUCUCACCCCUCUGAUCAGAUUCUAUAGAAAGAGAGGAGAAUCUGAUUUUUUUGAUGGGUUACAUGUAUUUAAAAAUGCACCAACUUUUUGACUUUUUGAAUCUAUCUUGAACACUGUUCAAACCCGAAAAAGCCACAACAAUAUAGUAUAUACCAAAAAAGGUAAAGCUUUGGAUUCUUUGGUGGCCAGAAAUUCAAGGAACCCUUUUUUCUUUGGAUGAACUCGAGAGAUGGGUAGUGAUAAUGGUGAUGUCUUGUGGGCUCACCCAAUGCCUUGUCUAGAUCCAAAGAAUGAAAUUCAGGAAUUGGAUGAGUAAGCAGAAAACAAGUGCUAGUGGGAAACUUAAAACUAUGCUGAAGUGCAUUUUUUCUGGGGAGCAAUUGAGAAGAGAUGAAAUAAUUCCUUCCUCAGAGUCCCUGGCAACCCGGGACUAUUCGGCGAGUGGGUAUUCUUCUCGAGCUGGUGAAGCUGAUAUAAAGUUGGAUACGAGCAACAUUGAGGAAGCUGAAUCGUCUCUUCGUGAGAGCGGCUUUCUGAACUACGAGGAAGCGAGAGCUUUAUUAGGUCGGCUUGAGUAUCAAAAAGGGAAUGUAGAAGCCGCUCUUCAUGUAUUCGAAGGAAUAGACAUUGCUGCCGUGACUUCCAAGAUCAAGAUUGCCAUAGCUAGAAGGUCUGAGAUUCCUAGACGCCAUUCACAAAGUGAUGCUGCCCCACCCAUGUCUAUGCAUGCUGUCAGUUUACUUUUUGAGGCAAUCUUUCUCAAGACCAAGUCAUUGCAGACUCUGGGGAAUUUUAAAGAAGCUGCUCAAUCAUGCAAAGUUAUUCUGGACACAGUUGAAUCCGCUUUACCAGCUGGGUUGCCAGAGAAUUUUGCUGCUGAAUGCAAAUUGCAGGAGACUCUAAACAAGGCAGUUGAGUUACUUCCGGAGCUCUGGAAACUUGCUUUGGCCCCCCAAGAAACAAUCUUGUCCUACAGGCGGGCCCUUCUUUAUCACUGGAAUCUUGAUUUGGAAACCAAAGCAAAAAUAGAAAAAGAGUUUGCGAUUUACCUUCUGUACAGUGGUAGUGAUGCAUCGCCACCAAAUCUCCGCUCCCAAAUAGAAGGUUCCUUUGUUCCAAGAAACAAUCACGAAGAGGCGAUCCUUCUGCUUCUGAUUCUUCUCAGAAAGUUUUCACUUGGACAGAUUUACUGGGACCCAUCGAUCUUGGAUCACCUUUCUUUUGCCCUAUCUGUUGCCGGUGAAUUAGGGGUCCUUGCCCGUCAGGUAGAAGAGUUGCCAACUGGGAUUAUGGAGAGAAGAGAGCAAUGUAGCACUCUAGCACUAUGUUACUAUGGGGAAGGUGAAAACAUGGUGGCUUUGAAUCUGUUAAGGAAUCUUUUGAAUGACAGGGAGAAUCAUAACCGCAUAUUCGAGCUAUUAUUAGCUUCAAAGAUUUGUGGGGAGAAUCGGGAUUGCCUUGAGGAAGGGAUAUGCUAUUCCCGGAAAGUUAUUUCCGAAUACAAUGGCAAAUGUGAAGAAAUGGCAAGUGUUGCAAAUUGCUUGCUAGGUAUCUCCCUUUCAUCGCAAUCGGGAGAGAUCGCUUCUGAUUCUCUGAGGAUUACACGACAGUCAGAGGCACUUGAGGCGUUAGAAACUGCAAACAGAAUGACUAAGGGAAUAGAUCCUAAUAUUGUAUUCCAUCUUAGUCUAGAAAAUGCUGAGCAGAGAAAACUGGAUGUUGCGCUAUAUUAUGCAAAGCAACUGUUGAAACUUGUGGCUGGGUCAAGUGUUAAAGGGUGGAUACUUAUGGCUCGGAUUUUGUCGGCUCAAAAACGGUAUGUUGAUGCUGUGGAUAUAAUCAAUGCUGCUUUGGAUGAGACUGGAAAGUGGGAUCAAGGGCAAUUGCUACGAACGAAAGCUAAGCUACAGAUUGCACAGGGCCAAUUGAAGAGUGCCAUAGAAACGUAUACUCAUCUUCUUGCGGUUCUUCAAGUGCAGAGUAAAAGCUUUGGAGUUCAGAAGAGGCUUUUAAAGAACAGGGUAUACAUCGAUAGAAGUCUGGAAAUGGAAACGUGGCAUGAUCUGGCAGAUGUAUACACAAGGUUGUCACAAUGGCGGGAUGCUGAGGUCUGUCUUCUGAAAUCGAAGGUUAUCAAUCCUCAUUCUGCUUCUAGGUGGCACUCCACAGGUAAAUUGUGUAAAGCGAAGGGCCUCCAAAAGGAAGCACUGAAAUCAUUCGAAAAGGCACUGGAUGUCGAUCCCAACCACGUUCCAAGCUUGAUCUCGACAGCCAUUGUUCUCAGAGAGCUAAGUUAUCAAUCACUGCCGAUUGUGAGAAGCUUUCUUACUGAUGCGCUGCGGCUUGACAGAACAAACCCUUCCGCGUGGUACAAUCUUGGACUGCUUUACAAGGCUGAGGUUGGUGCAUUGACACUAGAAGCCGCCGAGUGUUUUGAGGCUGCAGCCCUUCUCCAAGACUCCGCUCCGGUUGAACCCUUCAGAUAAUUGGCCGGUCCCACUGUACCCCCGCGAUGAUGCACGUAAAUUAUUUCUCUUUAACAUAGUAUAUGUAUUCAUAUCUUAUAACAUAUUGUAAGUUGAUUAAAUAAAGACCCGAUCCUGAUAUAUAAGUACGUAGUAUACCUAUUUUUUGGUGUCUAGUAACUGCAGUCUAAAUUUCAGUCUCAAUAUAAGACAGAAUGAGGAGGCGGCUUUCGGAUUGCACUGUGGAUUGUACUUAAUUUGUAUUGUAAAUGGCAUGAUUCAAUUGUCAGCUUCGCGUUAUUCGGCAGUUCCAA